AUGGUCCUCUAUCUCCAGGAUACGCAGCUGGCUCUGAUACACAUCCCGCUGCAUCUCUACUCCAACUUCCUGCAGCCCAUCCUGCAGCUGCUGCUCCCGUCGAGCCGCCCGAGCAGUUCGGACAGUGCGUCCACAAAUGGGAGCAAUGCACCGCGCUCCAAGAAGUCGUGGGCCUAUGAGCACCCCUUCACCAACAUCUCCGUGACGCCCGUCGAAUGCUCGAUUGCGUGCUCGCGUGAAAUGGCGGAGGAUCUCUUCACUCCUGUGCGCGACAGUCUAGAUCCGUCAAGUAGAGAUCAGGUGUCCAUCACAAAUGAAGACUACAUUGUCAUGCAAGUCGACGGCGAGGGGCUUGACGCUGGACAGCGUGUCCUCGAGCUAACCAGCCCGCUGGCAAUGGCAGGCAUGUGCGUACAACUCCUUCACGACCUCCCCCAGCCCAGCACCUCUCCUCAGCCCCAGCCCCCUGUAGCCCACCAGGCCCAGUUGCAGAACACCCGCUCUAUUUUUAGCCCACUGGCGCGUUCUCGCCGUUCGACCCACCAACCUCCAAACACCUCGCACUCAGCAUAUUCUCACACCUCUGGUGCCGAUAGCUCCAUUUUCUUCAUCACCACCUACUUCUCCGACUACAUCCUGGUCCCGGUCCGUGCCCGGGGCCAAGUCAUCAAGGCACUUGAGGAUCGUGGCUUCGCCUUUGAGCAAACCACGUCGUCCUACGUGAACCCCAUCGCCAACUCGUUCAACACGCACACGCGCAACAAGUCCAGCUCCUCCUCGUUCGACUCGUUGCCUCCGCCUCCCGGCACGCCCCCGCCCGCCAACAUCCACGAACUGCAAACUCGCACCUUCUCCCUACUCAAGCGCCGCAACAUCGUCUUCGCCGUCGAUCCGUCGAUCCAGCUCGUCCAAUGCGCCGGCAGUAAGGACAGUGCCUCUACGCGACCCAUCAGCGGUGGAGCCUUGAAUGGCAGCUCGUUUGCCAGCCGCGGCCACCCACCGUCCGUCGAGGACACGCUGCAUCUCGGCCUUGUCAAAUGCUUGAUCAGCGCACCGCGUCCAACCUUUCUCUCCCUUACCCUUACAGACACGGAGCCCGCUUCGGUCCUGCUGGAAAAGCGCCUUCUUCCCAACUUCGCGCCAGAUGUGCUGCUGGGCUCCAAGGAGGAUGUGCUCGUUCCGAUCACGUUGGACCUGCGUGAUCUUCCUCUCGAAAGUACCGGCAUUGUCUGCGGCGUUGCUGGCAGAUUGGUCGGCGGCACCAGCGGCUUCGGUGGGUUUGAAGGCGAGGGUAGCGACGCAGUUGAGAUGAGCUAUCUCAGCACAGCAAGAGCCGGGACGGUGAUGGUCGGUGAGGAGGAAUUGGAGAGGGCGAUGGAGGCUUUGAGAGGGGCCGACGAGCAAUUGGAAGCAAACUGA